GAAACACCUCGGGAUACGAUGGAAGGUACGGAGCAGACAGACUGGCCGACUUCUAGAAGAAACAUUGGCUGGUAGCUGGACGAGCUGGGAGGCAGAGAUUCACAAUUGGGAUGAUUGACAUCCAUCACACGGGUUCAGCACAAGACAUUCAUUAAGAAGGGAAGAUCAUAUCCAAUACGAGGCCGCGUCCAAUACAAUUCGAUACCACAGAUCCAAGGUGCAAUAUACUUCGCAGCACCAGACCAUCCACACAGCUUCAUACAACAAUACCCGAGAAUCCCAAAAUGCAAUACAACAACACAGCACAGCUCCAUACUUGAAAACCACACCAGAACUAGUACUAUCUAUCCAUCACCAGCCAACCAACUCACCUCUUCCACAAUGCAACCCACCACCCUCCUCCACUACCAACUGCCCAAUCUCUCCACGCUCCUCCUCCUAACAACCCACCUCUCAUCCGUCCACGCCAACACCGAAAAGGCCAUCUUCCUCGCCCCCUCCGCCCUCAGCAUCCCGCUCUCCCACCCCACGCUCUCCGAUCUACACCUUCCAUCUCUCACCCCCGACCACCACACUCUGCGCAAACAUAUCCGUGCCGAAUUUCCCACUGCAGAUGCACAAAAGGGAGUUUCGUCGUGGUAUCUACUCGAUGGGUUGAAAGAGGGACAACGAUAUGAAGUGCGAGUAUGUUGGGCUGCUACGGAUCCAACUUCAUUUCAACUCGAAACUUAUGAUUUACCUACAGUUUUUGGAACUUCGGAGCUGAUCACAUCUCUUGCACAAUAUUCCGAGACCCAUCAACCUCUAUUCAACGAUCUUUCCGAUUCCACAUCCCAAAACCAAGAUUCGGAUGCCAGACACAAGCAUAAGGAUGCUACAUCAUCAACUUUAUUCCUUCAGAUUUAUGCAGCAGCCGAUUAUUACACCAUGAACCAAACUCUUAUGGAAAAUGUUCCACCUGUACUAAUUGAUAUAAUUCUCGAUCCCUACAUAUUCAAUCUCCUACCUCAAUCAUUGGUACCAACCAUCGCCUAUAUAAUUUUACUUGCUAUUGGCAGUUGGUACAUUUCCCGAUACGUCAUGGCAUGGAUAUGCAAGAUAGGAACGGAAGAGUUAAACCAUGAAAAGAAAGAUUUAUGAAUAAUCAGCAGGUUAUCAUUUAUCUUGGAAUUAUUUGCCA